CUGGGGCGGAUCUGCAGGGAGCUGUCGGCCCGUGGGCGGGCUGGGGCGGGCCGGGGGCGGGUCUGUGGGGAGUCCAAGCCGGGCGGGCAGGAGAGUCAAAGGCAAGUGAAGGUGGAAGCGGCCGCGGCGGCAGCAGACCCUGGAGCCAGGAGGAGAACCCUGACCCCUAACCCCACUGCAUCGAGCCAAUAGGAGCCCAGCCACCAUGGCGGAGCUGCAGGAGGUGCAGAUCACUGAGGAGAAGCCGCUGUUGCCGGGGCAGACGCCUGAGAUGGCCAAGGAGGCUGAGUUAGCUGCCCGAAUCCUCCUGGACCAGGGACAGACUCACUCCGUGGAGACCCCUUAUGGCUCUGUCACUUUUACUGUCUAUGGGACCCCCAAACCCAAACGCCCAGCGAUACUCACCUACCAUGAUGUGGGACUCAACUAUAAAUCUUGCUUCCAGCCGCUGUUUCAAUUCGGGGAUAUGCAGGAAAUCAUUCAGAACUUCGUGCGGGUUCACGUGGAUGCCCCUGGAAUGGAAGAGGGGGCUCCUGUGUUCCCUUUGGGAUAUCAGUACCCAUCUCUGGACCAGCUUGCAGACAUGAUCCCUUGUAUCCUGCAGUACUUAAAUUUCUCCACAAUAAUUGGAGUUGGUGUUGGAGCUGGAGCCUAUAUCCUGUCACGAUACGCUCUUACCCACCCAGAUACGGUCGAGGGUCUUGUCCUCAUCAACAUUGAUCCCAAUGCCAAGGGUUGGAUGGACUGGGCAGCCCACAAGCUAACAGGUCUUACCUCUUCCAUUCCGGAGAUGAUCCUUGGACAUCUUUUCAGCCAGGAGGAGCUCUCUGGAAAUUCUGAGUUAGUACAAAAGUACAGAAAUAUCAUUACACAUGCACCCAACCUGGAGAACAUUGAACUUUACUGGAACAGCUACAACAAUCGCCGAGACCUGAACCUUGAGCGUGGAGGUGCUGUCACCUUCAAGUGCCCUGUGAUGCUGGUGGUAGGAGAUCAAGCACCCCAUGAAGAUGCAGUGGUGGAGUGUAACUCAAAGCUGGACCCCACCCAGACCUCUUUUCUCAAGAUGGCCGACUCUGGAGGUCAGCCCCAGCUGACCCAGCCAGGCAAGCUGACCGAGGCCUUCAAGUACUUCCUGCAAGGCAUGGGCUACAUGGCCUCAUCCUGCAUGACUCGCCUGUCACGAUCACGCACAGCCUCCCUGACCAGUGCGGCGUCCAUUGAUGGCAACCGGUCCCGUUCUCGCACCCUCUCCCAGAGCAGCGAGUCUGGGACUCUCCCUUCAGGGCCCCCGGGGCAUACCAUGGAGGUCUCCUGUUGAAUGACCUUUGUUGCCCUGGUGUACGACCCAGACCUCACCUCCCCCAGCACUAACCUGGGAGGUGCAUAGGGCACUGGGCCAGAGUAAGGAAAGAUGGGCAGAUCAUGUGGAAAGAUGAUCUUGAUCUUUGAUUGCUACCCUAACCUUGACCUCUAACCUGUGAUUCCCCUCAGAUCCUGGGAGAGAUGUCCUAAUAUCUCUUAGGGACCCAGACCCCGAAAUUAUCCCUCUCCCUCAUUUUGAUGUUAAGGUGGAGAGGGCAUGUGUUCCCUCUCCCUAAUCUAGGUGUCCAUAGAUAAGGGAUAAGAGGUGGUUGUAGUUGCCCCAUGGUGCCUCCAUCAGACUCUCCCUACUUAUCCCAUUGCAAGAGUAGGGGACUUGAGGCUGGGACUCCAUUCACCAAAGCUGAUACGGCUUUUCAUUAACACUUCAGAUCUCUGAAGAGUAUGGGCCUAAAUGAAUGUGUGUCAGAGGAGGCUUACUGGUGGGUUAGUGGUCCUCAGGAUGAGAUAGAAACAUCUGGUGUGUGAAAUGGAAGUUGGAAUGGGAAGUGGUGGGCAAUGAACAAGUAUGAGGGAAGGAUUGGAGCUGGGGCAAUAGGAAGGGGCCUGGGGCCAUUGGCUGCACUAACUUUGGUAGCUGUCUAGACAGUGUGUGUCUAGAGUGGGAGGGGGAGGGAGCUAAGCUGGGGCAGGGCUGCUUGGGGCUUGGCAUAGGGGUGGGAAGGGCUAUCUUGGGGAUCGGCUCACACUGUGUUAUGUGUGGAAGGGUGCCCUCCUGUGUCCCACGACUUCUGCUGUAACAAUAAACUGUAGAGGAACUGAG